AUGGCUCAACCAGACAACAGCACAUCCGCCCAGAGUUUACUGGAGAACAAGAUCCUUGCUCGGCAGCAACGGAUCGUCAAGCAUUGCGCUGACCAGUUGGCGAUCGAAAUCCGAUCUGACUGGGAGCAUACCGUUACCCAUCCGUCGGCGGCACUCGGCUCGGAAAGGCGUCGCGGUCAUGUGGUUGAGGACCAAGACUUGUUAUGGUGGACCAAGAAGUGGAACGAUGUUGCCGGACCCAGAGAACUGCGCGAAAUUUUCAGCAGAAUCUCAGGAUUGGGAAGCGAUAACAUCCCACGACCAAAGUUCCACCUCGAUUUCGGUGGAGAUGGUGUACCUUACAGGUUUGUGAACCUGAACGACGGAAGGAUUGCGUACCAGCCUAUCAUUGAAAUCAGCUACACACGCGAGGCCAAUCAAGGUCAGAGCGACCGUCCGACGGUCGAAAUCUGUCACAAGGAAACUUUGUAUCUUCCGUCUAGAUGGAUCGAUGGAGGCCGUUAUCAAUUCUGGUACAGCGACGCAGAGUACACUACUCACGACGACGGUAGCGAAGAAACUGGAUUCUCUUUCACGUCGUUUUCCUACGUCAAGCCUAAAGGAAUCAGUAUCGCCCCGACGACUCGCUCUGCUCCCGGGUCAAAUAUUACCGCCCAAUCAGGAAGAUGCCAUUCAUGGAAGCAAGGCUAUCUCUGCCCUUUCGUUGAAUCUAAACUGGAACUCACAGUAUCGAUCAUCAGCAACGCCAUUCUCAAGUCAAGGCGAAACACUUCCGUUACGAAUAUGCCCAUACCGAGACGAGAUAGUUUCAGAGCGGAGACCCGUCGUCAGACUGGAGAAGCUAUUGCGGAUGCGGUAGCUGCUCACAUGUUGGUUUACGUGACGGAUCGCUUCCAUGAUUUCAUACGAAAGAAAGGCACUUUCGAGGUCUCGGAGGAGAGAGAUUGCAGCCAGGGCAUCAAAGAGAUUGUUCGCAAGCGCUACCCAGAUCCCUUACCCUACAUCGAAGAACUUGGCGUAUGUACACGAAAGCUGGACGUGCUGGAUCAGUUGUCUACAAGGCGUGCGAGCCCGAACGCUAGGAAAGGUCACGUGCUUCGUCUUUUGCUUACAUUACAAUGGAAACUACCAGUGUGGCACGAGAACAAUCCCGGCGGGUGCAAAGAGAAUCCAAGCGAGGACAAAGAGACAUAUGAGCGUAUCAUAGUACUUCCAGCAAAGACAGAGCUUUCCCAAAUCCUUGAGGGCAACUAUACUAGGGAGUGGACCAUCAGUCUACCUGGUGAGACCUUGGAUUAUCCAUGCGAUCAGGUCCCUCGGUUUUGUAGUCGUGUUGACGACGUGAGUGUCGAAGGAGCCAUCUCAUGGAGGCGGGACCGAUGGGCUUUUCUGAGCAUCGACCCGAAGCUGCUGCGGCGCCGCUCGCGCUUUCGCACCACAGCGAAGAGUGGUAUCACUGGUACAUUUCCAGCUUGGAAUCGUCUCGGGCGUCUUACUAGUUCUUUGCACACUGUCGGCUACCUGCUGAUCUUAGAAUGA